AUGCUUGGCCCCCGCCAUCUCCUCCUGUUUUUGGCACUGAUUGCCCUAGGUGCACUUGCCGUCGCUCCCAGGGAUGGCACCACGGCCGCAGAUGCUGUGUUGCAGGCGUUUGGAGACCAUGAUGGCCGCCUUGUGUUCCAAGGAACCCCCCGGUACAAGAAGCUGAACGGCGAUUACCUGUCCACCUUCAACAGCGACCUCGAGCCUGUGCUCAUCUUCUUACCCAGCACCUCUGCGGAUGUCGCCAAGUUCGUCAAAUGUGUUCAGCCAUUCGUCAGGCUGGGUCUUGCCUACAUCGCUGUCCGAGGAGGGGGUCAGCAGCCCACUCCGGCCUGCAACAAUGUAGCCCAGGGCGUCACGGUUGAUCUGCGUAACAUGGCCGGCAUCACUAUCAAUCCCACAGCCAAUUCCGUGACUUUGGAGGCUGGUGUCAGGUGGGGCACUGUCUAUCAGACACUACAGCCGCUCGGCCUGGGUGUGACCGGCGGACGCUCCAACACAAACGGUGUUGGUGGUCUAGUGCUCUCUGGUGGUCUCUCCUUCUUCUCUUCCCGGGAAGGCUUCAUUACAGACAAUGUCAUCAGCUUUGAGGUUGUCUUGGCCUCAGGUCAGGUCAUUACCGCAGGCCCCCGGACAAACCCCGAUUUGUACAAGGCUAUGCGUGGCGGAGGUAACAACCUCGGCAUUAUGACCAAGGUUACAAUGCGCACAUUCCAACAAGGCUCCUUCUAUGGGGGGAGUGUUUUCUAUCCCCCUCAGAGCUUCCCCAGUCAAGUUGAUGCCAUCGUCAACGAGCUCAACUCCCCCACUACCUCCGAGACGCAUUUGAUGAUCAGUGUUGCAUACUCGAAGCAGUUUGAGGCCUUUGGGGGAACCCUGGGUCUCAACCAAGUCUACUAUACCGCGCCAACGGCGGAACCGCCUCAGGUCCUGAAGCCUUUCACCGAUGUACAGCCACAAAUCGACGCACUGAACUCUAUGCGCAACAUGACACUCAUUGAUGCCGCCAAUGAGCAGACCAGCCAGAACACAAAUCACCAGAGGGUCGCUUAUAUGAACCUGCACGUCAAGAUGGAUAGUGCCACCUUGAAGUCCGCUGCAGACAUCUUUCUUGCGGGUAUUCAGCCACUCCAUGAUGUCCAAAAUAUCACAUCAUCAUUAACCCUCCAGCCGUAUGCCGUUUCCCUCCUCGAGAAGACUUCGAACAACGGCGGGAAUGUGCUAGGACUGGGCCCGAGCAACGGUCCCAUCAUGUCUGUGCUCCUUUUGACUUGGUGGGAUAACCCGAGUGCUGACAGCCUUGUUCUUGGCACCGUCAAGUCGGUCCUUGCGCGAAUCAAGAGUGACGCAUCGGCACGAGGAACAUUGAUUCCUUUCAUAUACAUGAACUAUGCGUUCAACCACCAGGACGUCAUUGGCUCCUAUGGCAGCGGCAAUAAGAAGUUCCUGCAGACCGUAAGCAACAAGUAUGAUACCCGUGGCUUGUUCCAAAGGGGAGUGCCAGGAGGAUGGAAGCUGUUUAAUUGA